UAUUGUAAUGUGGCUGACAGAAUUAAAUCCCCAUUUUCCCUUCGUCAGACACUUUAAGUUGUUUACAUCAGAACGAGAGCGCAAACAUCACUUGUGACAAGCCGACUCUGUUUUUCGUGGCUUCUAUCCAAUCUCCAUGUAGCUUCUUAGGUUGUCAUAUUGCUGUCCCCGCUUCACCAGUUCUCAAAAGCCAAAAAAUGUGAAAAUUCUCUCUAGUCGGCGUUUCGAGGUGGUGUGUUUGUAAGCGAAUUAAACUGAGGAGCCUUCCAUCAAUAAAGGCUUUUACACUUUAACUUGAUUUAUUAACCAACCAUUCUGUCCCCUCCCUUUAUUUUUUUUUUCUUUUUUAUUCUGCACAAAACAUGUAGCCCACUGUUUCAUAUAUAUAUAUACUUUACAAAGACUUGAAGAGAAAUAGCAAUAGAAAUGGAGAGAAUUCAAUAAUACAGAAUGAUAACCACAAGAUAUCUUCUUCUCGAAACUGUUUGCUACAUCAGGGCAGCUUUUACCAAAGACCAGCACAGCGCCAUGUCUUCGGACAGCAGAAUGGAGAUGCUCAGAGAUGUGCGGCAGAAAGCAGAUGGUUCCACUCGCCUCGUUCUCGGCAUUGUGUUCUUUACCAACUUCCUCGACAACCUCCUCCUCACGUCUGUCGUGCCUAUCGUUCCAUCCUUCCUGCUGCAUCUUGACCGCAAAGAGUACGAAGAGCACAGCAACCGCAGCACGCCAGCGCUCCCGCCCCACGCCAACGACAGUGUGCCUUUAACUCUGGUGGACGACAGCUUUGCCAAACACGCCUUUUCACUAGCCGCUGUGGCCAAUUCCGAGAACUCGCGAGUCGGUUGGCUUCUGUCAUCUAAGGCCAUUGUCCAGCUGGUUGCCAACCCUUUCGUCGGUCCCUUGUGCAGCAGGCUUGGCUACCCGAUCCUGCUAUUUGGGGGUUGCUCCAUCAUGUUCGUUUCCUCUCUGGCGUUUGCAGUCUCUCAGACCUUCAUCCCGCUGCUGGUAGCGCGAGCUUUGCAAGGUCUAGGAUCAGCUGCAUCCGCAGUAGCGGGCAUGAGCAUUGUGGCGGAGAGGUACCCGGAUGACAGAGGUCGAAGCAAAGCCAUGGGUAUAGCUUUAGGCGGAGCUGCUGUAGGAAUUCUGGUGGGCUAUCCAUAUGGCGGUUUUAUGUACACCUUUGUCGGCAAAACGGUGCCUUUCCUCAUCAUUGGCGCUCUGACAUUAGUUGAUUUAGGUCUUCAGUGGUUUACUUUGGGUCUGCAACCAAAGGAAGGUGCGGCAAGCGCUUACACGCCUCUCUACGUCCUUUUGCAAGACCCUUACAUCCUUGUGGCCUCCGGGGCAGUAAUGCUGACGACAAUGUCAAUGGCGGUGUUGGAACCAACAGUGCCGCUGUGGAUAAUAAGCACGAUGCAUGUGCAAAAGUGGCAACUAGGGCUGGUGUUUCUACCGGAUAGUGUAGGCUACCUCGUCGGCACGAACUUCUUUGGCCUAGCAGCUCGGAGUAUCGGGCGGUGGGUGUGCACGCUGGCUUGCAUGCUGCUCAUCUCGCUGUGUCUUUUCUGCCUGCCUUUCUCGACGACGAUACCGCAGUUGACAUUACCACACCUGGGCUUGGGCCUGGGGUUAGGAAUUACCGAUGCCGCCGUUAUGCCGUUACUGGCGCUGCUGGUAGACAGACGCCACGAUUCUUUCUACGGAUGCGUCUACGCCAUCGUGCAGCUGGCCGUCUGCCUGGCCUACUCUGUUGGACCAUCUGUAGCAGGACUGAUCGUGAAAUCUGUUGGUUUUCCAUGGUUGAUGCGAGGUAUGGCUAUCAUCAAUCUCCUGUUCUCUCCUUUGUGUCUCAUGCUCAGGAAAGCCUCCGUUGUCACAGACGAGGACAUUACACUGACACAAGCACGAGCAGGACCAGCUCCACAACGAUAUGCUCAGGACGACAACCAAGACACCACCUUCUCGUAUGGCCGUCUCUCGGAGGAAGAUUAGCAGAUUAGAUGACCUCCCUUGUCAUUCA